AUGAUUCACAACUUAGGAUGCAAAGGUUCUUAUUCCAUCAUUGCUAUUCCCAAAAAAAGAGAGAGAGGCUUCCUCGGUGUUGGAACUUAUGCCCAUUCGAUUUAUUCUGAUAUUGAUCCGUCGGUCAUGUGGGAGUUUCCUUUGAUUUCCAGUGAAUUUCUCACUUUUUCGACAUGUUGCUCUCUUCCUUUCAACAGAGAAAGAGGAGACGAACAGAUAUCAUACUCAGCAAAAUGA